AAGCGAGACGAGGAGUAUUGGUACCUAGACGGUUCUAUCGUUCUCGUUGCGGAGAAUCACGCUUUCCGCGUAUACCACGGAUGGCCCGCGCAACAUUCAGAGGUGUUUCUUGAGAUCCUUCACCUGCCACAACCCGCCGUGGCGGAGAGCAUCGACGGCUGUCCUGUCGUCCAUCUCCCCGAUCGGAGAAAUGAUAUCCGUCAUCUGUUGUAUUACAAAAUGGAAAAGCCGUUGGACUUCCGGGUCGUUUCAUCCCUCAUACGCACGGGGCACAAGUAUCAAUUCGAUCACGUUGUCGCGGAGGGAGUCAGGCGUCUUAAGAGUGCCUAUCCAGACAGCCAUUCUGUGUGGCAAAGUUGGCACGAUCGGACGGCUGCAGGUAACCGAAACAUUGGGCGUACUCCAAAGCUGAUGCUACACUCGAGAGAGGAUUCUAUCGGGGUUAUAAAUCUCGCCCAUCUGGUUGGCGCUGAGUCAGUUCUUCCGGUGGCAUUCUACGAUUGCUGUACUUUGCUUGACAGUCGCAUGCUUGUCGAUGGAGUGGCCAACUCUGAUGGCACAGUCGAGCGUCUCACCGCUGAAGAUCUGGACAGAUAUCUCGAGGGAAGGGUGAUUCUUACCGCUCGUGGUGGGGCCGCCAUACAUAGAAUCUUC